AUGGAUCUAAGACUAGUUAACAUCCACCUCCCCCCACCCCAUCCCCCCCAAACAAUAAUCACCCUACUCCAAACCCUCUCCCUCCCCACCCCCAGCACCGUCUCCCCCCUCAAAGUAACAGCCUCCUUCCACACGAUCUACCUCAUCCACUUCCCCCCCUCCACCCCCCCAAUCCAAAAUGCCCGCCCCAACCCAGACGGCACAACCACCCUCGUCCUCCGCGUCUCAGGCCGCCACCUACCAGGCAUCAAGACGCGCAACGAAGUAGGCGUCAUGACCUGGGUGCGCCAACACACCACGAUCCCCGUCCCGGCAAUCAUCCGCUACGACGACACGGAGGAUAACGUCCUCGGGUACGAGUUCACCCUCCUCGAGAAAGCACCAGGGGUCAGCGUGGACAGCAUCUACGCCUCGCUACCGGACACCGUCAAAACGAACAUCGUCCGCCAGCUAGCGGGGUACAUCAUCCAGCUGCACGCCCAGCCCUGGACAGACGGGUACGUCGGCGGUCUAACGGUGAGCUCCUCCACGGGGGGGGUCCAGCAUCUCGCGCGGGGGCCCCCCAUCGACGAGAAUUACUGGCUGUUUCCAGACGUGGAGAAAUACUGGUCUGUCUCGGCGGGCGUCGUCCCGCAGGGGCACCACCCGACGCUGGAAACGCUCAACCCGAUCGCCUCGCGAGGCUUUCCCGACUACGUCUCUUACAGUGUUGCUUGUCUCGAGCGGUACAUCCACGCCAUCGAGAUGCACCCGUCGCUGGAACACCACCGGGAUCUCAUCCCGAGGGUUCAGGCGUUCGUGACCCAGCUGCAACGUCCGGAGUAUCAAGCCGAGCUGAAUAGCGUGCCCUACAUCCUGGCGCACAAAGACCUCCACUUCGCGAACAUCAUGUGUGAUCCUGACCAAUCUGACUGUCCUAUCACGGCUGUGCUGGACUGGGAGUUCAGCGGGGUGGUCCCCGCGCCGCGGUGGAAUCCGCCGCGGGCGUUUCUGUGGAAUAUGGGGUGGGGGGCGGAGGAUAAGGAGGAGCAGACGAGGAUGGAGGGGGUCUUUGAGAGGGUUGUUGGGGAGAUGGGGAGGGGGGACGUUCUGGAGGAGAUGAGGGGGGGGAGUAAGAGGAUGGAGCAGAUGCAGACUGUUGUUAGUUAUUUGAGGGCUGUUGUGGAGGUUUGUCCUAGGGGGGAAGCGGCGGAUAGGGUGGGGAGUUGGAGGGGGGUGGUUGAGGGGAGUAUGGAUGGGUUUGGAGGGUGA